CUGACAUCACACAGAGGAUUCGCCACAAUGUCAAACAUCCACCAGCAGCGCGAGCUCAUGGCUUCCCCGCGCCACAAUGAGAAGCAUCGCCGCGUUCUCCUGCUCAUUCUCUAAAUACAAAACUCCAUUCAUCUUUUUAUGGGUUUAUUCCAUGUUCCCGGACAGGAUGCGUUUGAGGUCUAUGUGAGUGUGUGAGCCAGGUCAGAGGUCAUGCUGCGGAGGGAAUCUGACUCACACGGCCUCUUUUCCUCCGGAGAGACGUCUGACAAUGACUGUGAGAUGGGGGCGAGCUGUGUAGAGGUAGAUGGAGUGUGUCUGUGCGAGGCCGGUCCCUGUACACUUUAUUCAGAAGCACACACGCCUACGCCGGACACACUGCUGUGUGAACACUGUGGAAAAAGCAGAGUAAUGUUAACCAGGUACUCUGAGGGAUACGGCACAGAGGAGGAGUGUGUAUUAUCUGACCCUCAGGGGGAGAGUGAUGCAGAUGCUGAUAUAGAGGAUACAGAUUGCAGACUCCAGGAGCCGGGAUCUCUCCAGCGAAUCAGCUCGCGGAGACGCAAGCGUCCACGGGUAGCGCGGCAAGACACCACAGAGAGUGAAGAUGAUGGUGGGAGGAGUCACAGAUCCCAUCGCUGGAACCUCAGGCUCAGUCCUGACAGAGCACACAGCAGAACCAUACUGGAGGAGAGCAUAUCACAGGUCAGGCCGCUGAUCAUCUGCCGGCCAACCACGGAGAGGCAGACGAGUCCAGUCGAGCUGCCCCGAGGCUCCAAGCUGAUGUCUCUGUGGCCGUCGUCCCUCUCUUUUCCUCUUAUCCUCCUCCUCUCGCUGCCCCUCUCCCUCUCCCUCGUCAUUGUUAUCGUGUCUUUCCUCCUACCGUGGGCCAGCGCUUGACCCGACAUUUCUGUACAUCAAUCGGUUCAUUCCAACAACUACACAAAGUUCCACCAACUCCUGAAAUGUAGUGGAUAGCACAAACUGGAAAGAAAAAUGUAUUGGGUCUUUUAAACAAACUAAUAUUUUAGAAAUAUUUAAUUCUGAUGUUUUUUUUUUCCC